AUGGGAGACCUUACAUUAUCAGAGGAGUUUGAUGCUGUUGUAGAGAGACUGAAUAAUUUCCAUCGAGACGGAAACCGCGCGGCAUUCGUCAAACAAUACAAUGAUCGGCUUGACCAAUUAAAGGACCUUGACAACAAGGUAGAUCAGUUACAUCUUUUCAGCUCAAACGAGCCGCUAGACGACAUCAGUACGGAUAAUUUGAAGUUCCUUGCGAUUCCGUAUCAUCUCGCACAUUUUAUGGAACAAUACGGAGGUGUUAGAAGUGAUGGAGCUCCGGAUAAACGGUCUAGAUUGGUGAACCUACUUCACGCUGAUAGCAUUUAUAUGGGGUUCUUACACAGAGCACAGGAUUAUGGGAUUUUAACUAAGGCACAGAGUGAGCUGUUGGAUUCACUAAAAGAAAACAAUCAACUUGAAUUGUCUCAAAUUGAAAUUAGAGAUCCAGUAUUGAGGAGACAGAGGAAAAUUGAGAACUACAAGAAGGAAAAGGCAUUCAGAGAAGCAUUGGAAGUGUUAAAGGAUAAGGAAAGUAUGAAAGAGAUGGAUGAUGAAGUUGUACGCAAUAUAUUACAGGAGCAGUUACAAUAUUAUGCUUUAAAGAGCUUUGAAGCUUUAGAAGGAAACGUAAUGGAAUUGGAAUUGUUGAAGAAUGCAACGAGAUUUGAGGAACAGGAGGUUCCAACUGAAAAUGAUUCUGAUCGAGAGAGAAAGAAACAGGAUCAGAAAGGGAAAUUUGAUAAGGGAUUUACGGAUAAAGUUGAAUCGAUUGAUAAUCCGGUCUUUUCUGAUAAAGGUCGGGUUUUACGUCCAUUCACCAUCGUUCCCGCUCAGACAAGAGAGCAGAUCCGUACCGGAAUUCAAGGUACUGGACAGAAACUACCGACGAUGACCGUGGAGGAGUUUGUGGAUCAUGAGCUCAAGAAUGGAGGUAUGGUAUCAAACACAAACGAACAUGAAGACAAUGACGAUAAAGACAACGACCAAUAUCAAGAUAAAGAGACUUAUAAACAGAGAGAGCUGGAUGAGUUCAAGGACUAUCAUGCCAAGGGAAGUGGUAAUACGAAGGGAAACAUGGGCUGA